UUAUAUAUGUAGGUAAAAUUUUCCUUUUUUUAUUCAUUAUAACACGAUUUUAUCUAAGAAAAUUGAAUCACAAGUAAAUAUUUUUGCAUUUUUUGUACUAUUUAAUUUAAAUAGUUAGGUAUCUAAAAAUAUAAUUUCCGGAACAAAAUAAUCACAUUUUUCCUGUUUACCUAUAUAAAAAUUUCCGGCAAUAUUUAGAGGUUACAACUCGAACAUAAUAUCAAUCCCUCUAAAUAUAUCAAUAUAUUUUAUAACUCAUGGUUGUACCUAUUCUUACUAUUAAAAACGUAUGAAACAAUCUAUAACUGUUUAAAUCGUAAUCAACAUGAUGAUCAAAACAUUCGGACUUAUUUUAUUUUUCUCAUUGUCUCAAUCCAAAAACCAAUUUAUGCCAAACUUGCCUUUGGGAGAAUAUCGUCUGGUGAUUAAUAAAGUAUAUCCGUGUGAAUCAACGAAAAAUCAUCCACUUAAAUUUAAUUGGUAUUUAAGUAAAAAGACAUCAAGUAUAACGGAAUUAAAAGGGAAUAUAACAUCAUCGAUACCUUUUGACGAUACUCUUACACUUGAUGUAAACUUUGCAUCUUGGGGUUCAACUGGUGGUUGGAUACCAAAUUCAAAUAUGAUCAUAACAAAAAAGGCUUGCAGUAAUAUAAAAAUGCUCGCAGGAAAUACAUGGUUUACACUUAUAAAGGGUUUUAAGAUUCCAUCUGAUAGUUGUCCAAUACCAGUGGGCACAUAUAUUACAUCAGGGAUUGAUAUGAAAAAAAUUGAAGAUACUAAUUUUAACAAGGUUUAUUUUUAUGGAAAAUAUAAAUUAAUGAUUCGGUAUAAAAAUUUCAAAAACGAAGUAGUUGGCUGCGUGGUUGUGGAGAUUAAUCUUAUACGACCAUGGGAAACACAAAUUUGAUUAAAAUAUAUAAAAUAAUAAUAUAAUAUGUUAUUGACUUAUACACUUCACGCAAUUAAACAAA